CAGAAGAAGCUGAUAUUAAGGAAAAGCCAUGAACUUAGGAGAAAGAAGUGAUUUACAGUUCCUGAGAGUCUCCAAAGGAGCUCAUGAGCUCAAAAAAAAGAUUGAUAAUUGGUCCAAAUCUUCGAGUUUCAAAGGGCAGAAAAAUUACAUUUUUGAUGAUCUUCUAAGAGGAGCAAUGGAGUUCCAGGAAUCACUGUUAAUGCUUUCGAAUCUUCAAAAAGCAACAGGCAGAAUCUCAACGAAGAGAACAAGGCAAGGUGAAAGAGAGGAAAUUGCAGAAGAAAACUCCAUUGAUUUCAUCAGACAAAAAAGAUUGCACGAACGGACACCCUCCGCUGACAGUUCCUCGACCAAUCACACGCAGGAAAUGAAGCAGGUGAUCAGAGACAAGUUUAAUAAAUUCGAUUAUGAGAAGGUUUCUUCAACCAAAAAUUCAAUUUUAUGGAAAAGUGAAGUUGAGUUUUCUGCGCUGGGAAAGAAGAUGAAAACUCCAAAUUUGAUUGCAAGGCUUAUGGGUUUGGAAGAUUUUCCUUUAAUUGAGGCUGGGAAAGAGGAGAAGGAGCUUAAGAGAAGUAGAAGUCAUGUGGAGAAGAACAAAAGUUUGGAUGAGAUUAUUGAAACCAUGAGAUCUACAGGUUUUCUGAAGAGUGAACAAUCUGUAAGCUCUAUAACAAAAUCAGAUAUGAAAAAAGAAGCAAUUUUUAGUGAGAAAGAUGGCUCCCCUCCGAUUGUGAUAAUCAGACCUCUAAAUUUGCUUUUUAGAAACACUGAAGAGGAAAAUCUAAUUUCAGAAACGUCGGAUUUGAUUUUUGAAGAGAGAGUUUCUGAUACUGAUUGUGAGUUCCACGAAAAUUUGGAACAAAGUGAAGUGGUCAGCAUUGAGGAGGAGGAAAUAGAACCACCACAGAAGCUUAAAAUAGCUGCAGCUGCUGCUCAGAAGCAGCUGAAGAGGGAUCUUGUUUUGAAGGAAAGGAAAAUGAUGGGUGAUUUAGAGAAAAUUGAAAUUAAUGGAAAGAAACAGAUGCAGAAGAAGCAGUUGAAAGCCGAAAGAGAAACUAAGAACAUGAAUCCCAAAGAGGCUGAAACAUUACAAGCCACAACAAGGUUUACUUCUCAGACAAAUAAAACUAGGGAACAAAAUAUGAAGCAUAAGUUUUUAAUGAAGUCUGCACCAUCUAAUUCUAUUAGUCAUGUGAAGUCUGAGAAGAUUUCUGCAGGAAAACCAAUUAGGAAGUCAAGUAAGCCUGAAGAUAAAAAAUCAGAAGGAAACUUUAACGGCACUCUAACUGAAAGCCGUGCAAUUUCUAGAAGCAAGAGUAUGUUAGCUGCUGAUAGCCUCCUCAAGCAGGUGCUGAAGGAACCCGCGAAGCCUUUUAAGAAAGGUAGCCUAUAAGAUGAGAUCAGAAAAAACCACGAGGUAAUAUGUGAAGUUAUGCCAAGAAAUUACAAAGAUGGAAGAGGUUUAGAGAUGUUUGAAGAAUCCAUUAGAAAAUCUUACUAUAAACCCCCCACCAUUGCUAUAAAGCAUGCAUUCUAUCAAACAACAUUCUUCGAAGAAGAUGGAGUUUUCUAUGACCAGCUGCUCCACAAAUCCGUGAAGGGUAGAAUGGUCCGAAAAAAUCACGAGAACGAUCUUGCAACUCAUCAAAUGAUACGAGAAAGAGCGGCAAAUCAAGCAUCGUAUGGAUCUUUCAAACGCUUGUUGGAGGAGGACAAUAAUGGGAUAAAGAAACUAAAAAGUUAUAGCGAGUUUAAUGAUGCAUGUUAUGAAGAUUGUAUUGAUUGUAUGUUGGAGAAGGACCUUUAUUGCAAAGAAACAUUGUUGAAUGUAAUAUGGGAUAAUUGGAUUUGUGUGGAGGAAACAGACAUAGUUGUCUUUGAAGUUUCUGAGAGAAUUAU